CGGCGGGGGACGGGCGGGGCGGCGAUGAGCGGCGGCGGCUCCAGGUAACCCCGGCCGGGCGGCAGUGAGCGACCGCGGCUCCAGGCCUGAAGGCAAAGCUCUAGAGAACAACACCUGGUCAAUGGCUGCCUGUGGUUCAGUGUUAUCUGCAGUUACAGGUGGAGGAGGCUGUGAGGGCUGCUGAAGAUGUCUGAUAGUCUAGAUAUUGAAGAGAAACCUCCAGCUCCACCAUUGAGAAUGAACAGCAACAAUCGUGAUUCUUCAGCACUGAACCACAGCUCAAAACCACUUCCUAUGGCCCCUGAGGAGAAGAACAAGAAAGCCAGACUGCGCUCCAUCUUUCCAGGAGGAGGGGAUAAAACCAACAAGAAGAAAGAGAAGGAACGUCCUGAGAUCUCUCUUCCUUCAGACUUUGAACACACCAUUCAUGUGGGAUUUGAUGCCGUCACUGGAGAAUUCACAGGCAUUCCAGAGCAGUGGGCCAGGCUACUACAGACCUCCAACAUAACAAAACUGGAGCAGAAGAAGAACCCACAGGCUGUUCUAGAUGUUCUCAAAUUUUAUGAUUCAAAAGAAACAGUUAACAACCAAAAAUACAUGAGUUUUACAUCAGGAGAUAAAAGUGCCCAUGGAUACAUAGAAGCUCAUCCAUCGAGCACAAAAACAGCAUCAGAACCUCCUCUGGCUCCCUCUGUGUCUGAAGAAGAGGAUGAAGAUGAUGAAGAGGAGGAAGAUGACAAUGAACCUCCACCUGUUAUCGCCCCACGGCCUGAACACACAAAAUCAAUCUACACACGCUCUGUUAUUGAACCUGCCGCUGCACCAGCACCAGCUAAAGAAGCCACCACUCCCCAGCCUGAAAACUCAAACACAAACACUCUGUACAGAAACACAGACCGGCAGCGAAAAAAAUCCAAGAUGACAGAUGAGGAGAUCCUAGAGAAACUGAGGAGCAUUGUGAGUGUGGGAGAUCCUAAGAAGAAAUACACUCGAUUUGAAAAAAUUGGCCAAGGGGCUUCAGGAACUGUUUAUACAGCAAUUGACAUUGCCACAGGACAAGAGGUGGCCAUAAAGCAAAUGAAUCUCCAACAGCAGCCCAAAAAGGAACUAAUUAUCAAUGAAAUCCUGGUCAUGAGGGAAAAUAAGAAUCCUAAUAUUGUUAACUAUUUAGACAGCUACCUUGUUGGUGAUGAACUGUGGGUGGUGAUGGAAUACUUGGCUGGAGGCUCUUUAACCGAUGUUGUCACCGAGACAUGUAUGGAUGAAGGACAGAUAGCUGCUGUCUGUCGGGAGUGCCUACAAGCCCUGGAUUUCCUUCAUUCCAACCAAGUGAUCCACAGAGACAUCAAAAGUGACAAUAUUCUUCUUGGGAUGGAUGGAUCUGUCAAAUUGACUGAUUUUGGCUUCUGUGCUCAGAUCACCCCUGAGCAGAGUAAACGGAGCACAAUGGUGGGGACUCCUUACUGGAUGGCACCAGAAGUUGUAACAAGAAAAGCAUAUGGCCCUAAAGUGGACAUCUGGUCACUUGGGAUCAUGGCAAUAGAAAUGGUGGAAGGAGAGCCUCCUUACCUUAAUGAAAAUCCUCUCAGGGCACUGUAUCUGAUAGCUACAAACGGGACACCAGAGCUGCAGAAUCCAGAGCGACUCUCAGCUGUGUUCCGAGACUUUCUUAACUGUUGCCUGGAGAUGGAUGUGGACAGGCGAGGGUCUGCCAAGGAACUUCUGCAGCAUCCAUUUUUAAAAUUAGCCAAGCCGCUCUCAAGCCUGACUCCUCUGAUCAUUGCAGCGAAGGAAGCAAUUAAAAACAGCAGCCGCUAGCACUGCAGGUCGGCUUUCUGCCCUGCCAGCUCGGAGCAGGACUGAGAACACAAACUCUGUAAAAACUCAACUCUCAUGCUGCAGGACAGAUGGAUGGAUGAACAAACCAACAGUCACAGUCAUGGUGGUAGGAUCACCCCAGUUCCUCGAGGAGUAAAAAAUUAUCAUUUGUCUUCUUCCUGCUUUCCAGCUCCUUAAUUUAUUUUUAAGAUGAAUCGGGGCUAAGGACAGAGAGGUAAUGACAGAAAAUGCUUUGCUGCCUCAGUCAUUUCCAAGGUAAAGCAAAUUCAGCUGGAAGAUUGCCUUCCUUCUCACCCUGUGAAUAAUCUGUACAUUCACUUUUAAAUUGUCAGUUCUUUCUUAAUGAUGGAAAGUUGUGUUUAUGGGGUUUCUGGUAUGGCUUGGAAUUGGAGAAGGGCAAUUCUUCAUUCAUCAGCUCCAGACUGCCUUUUGAAUAUGGCCCAUUUGCCAGUUUUUGCCCAGCUGUGGUACUUCUACAUGAGGAAGAAAGUGCAAUUGCAUUUCCAACCAAAAAGGAAUGAAGAGUGGGACAGACAAAACAUCCCACGGAGAUACAGGUGUUCAGCUGGGACUGUGUAAUGAUUCGGUCCUUGCCAAUUGGAUUUGUACCCCUAACUGCAAUCUCUUUGCCCAGGUGAGAGUCUUAUUCAGCUGAAACAGCAGAAAAAUCAGUCAGUGUGCUCAGAACAGGUUUGUCUGAUGCAAAGCUGUCAGAGCAAUUUGAGGGGAGAGUGGGCCCAGCUGUGCCCAGGCCUGAGCCCCCAGCAGAGCCCUGGCAGAGCCCAAAGCAGCCUGAGCAUUGGCAGAGCCAGACUGGAAGGAGGCACUGGUAGCGACAAGUGGCAGCAGCCUGGCUGUGGGUACCUCUUCCUGGGACAGGACUAAUCCUCCCGUCUCUGAGCCAAACUGGGUGGGGACUGUUCUCCAGGGAAAUUGUGUCCAAGCUGAGAAAUGCACAGCCUGGUGGGAUUUGCCAUCCUGAAUCUCUGCAGGAGUAGAGAAGAGCUAACAGAGCAGAGCGGUGGUGUCACUUCUGAGAGUGCCUGUUCUUCUCCCAUCUGUCUUGUAGCUCCUGGGAAAAGUUCAUAGUGUCUGUGGAAUUCUUGGCAGAGGGGGAGGGGACCAGGCUGCUCUGCAGGCUCCUGCACAGGUGAGCAUCCUUUAGGCACAGGAGUUCUGCCCUGGGAACCAAAGCUGAUGUGAGGAACAACCUGCAGUUCCGAUCUGCAGAAGCCAAUGCAGCAGCCAGCUCUGGAAGAAAGCACCUUAAAACCUGGAGUUGUGCACUGAGCAAGAACAAAAGUGUGAAAUGCAGGUGGAUUGCAGAAUUAGUUGGAGGCACCAGGCCAGCCUGCUUUCUGCUGUCUUACAUAUGGCAAGCACUGCGCAAUGAAGCUCUUGAGUUGCUGCAAAAGAUUUGCCUGAUGUUGGGGAUGUUUCUGAGGAUUGUGCUUGACAAGUCAGCAGAUUUGGAAUGGAGCAGAAUACUUUCAGUAUGCAAUUUGUGUUUUAUUUAUUUAUUUCUGAAAGACAGUGUGGCUUCACUCAGUAAAAGCAUUUUAUUGGCAUACUUGUUGCUGUAUUUUAGAGUACAACUAAUGCAAGACCUUCAAAACUGAUGCAGCUGAAGCAACAUGCACCCACUGAGCAAAAGAUCCCCACAAGUAAAACAGCUUUCUGCUAUAGAUCUUCAUGUUGGCCUGGUCCUGCAAAGGGUUAAAUAGCCUUUAAGCCACUCACUGCCUUCAUGUCUGGCCAGCAGUAAUGAAGGAUGCUUGGGGCUGUUCUUGAAUCAGGCCAGGAGCAUCCUGUUUAGUUGCAGUCUUUGUGUGGCAAAUGUCCUUACUUCUGCUACCUUCGCUCACACUGGCCAUCACAGUGUCCUUGGCAAAGGCAACAGGGAGAGGCAACCCUCCUUGAGUUACCACAGCUAAGUAGAAAUUAACUUCUCAUCAUUUCCUGGGGAGCACAACAUCUGAUUUUUCAGAUGGCCAAAUAAUACGUCAAGGCGAGCAGCUCCGGUUUCCUGAACUGGGGGAACAUCAGGAGGAGCUGAGGGAGCUGCCAGGAGCCCACAGCUGGAGUGACAGUGAUUGACAGGUCCUGCACCAAUGGCUCCCAAGCUUUGCACCUAUAAAAGAAGCCCCUGGGGAGUGGAAGCGGCCAGGACAGGCAAAUAGGCCAAAUAGCAGAUGGUGUAGAAAGGUGUGCAGGAAGGUGCCAGCUUGACCAGAGAGCAAUGGUGUCCACCCAACAGAAAGCCAUGGCUUCUCUAAGCUCUGCACCCACCACAACCCAUGCAGUGGCCCAGAUAGAGCUAUGGUGGGAUCAUGCUGCUAGCCAGGCAGUUUGUGCAGCUGCAGACUGUGCCCUGCUCUUAGGCCAGUCCUGGAGGCAGCAGCAUGAGUACAGCUGUGGGACAUGUGCCCAGGGAGAGGAGCUCCUCCGCUUUGGGCCUGAGCUGCAGCAGGAGGUGAAUAGGGGCAGGAGUGUCCAAAUUCACUGAGCCCCUUUCCAUCAUUUACCAGUAGUCCUAGCUAAGGGGGAGAUCCCAGAUUAUUGGACUACAGCAAAUAUGACAUCGAUCUACACAAAGACCUGGAAGGAUGAUCUUGAGAACUACAGGUCUGUCACCCUGACCUCAGUGAUGGGAAAAGUCAUGGAGCGGAUCAUCUGGAGUGCCAUCACAUGGCACAUACAGAGCAACCACGGGAUCAGGCCCAGCUAGUGUGGGUUUGUGAUAGGCAGGUGCUGCCUGACCAGCCUUAUCUCCUUUUAAAACAGCAUAACCUGCCUAGGGCAUGGUGGGAAAGGCUAUGGAUGUGUCUACUUGGAAUUUAGUAAAGCCUGUGUCAGUGUUUCCCACAGCUUUCUCCUGGAGAAAUUGGCUGCUCAUGGCUUGGAUGGGUACACUGUUCUCUGGGUAAAAAAACUGGAUGGAUGACUGGGCCCAGAGAGUCAUGGGGAAUGGAGUCACAGCCAGCUGGGGCUGUCAGUUGUGGUGCACCAGGGCUGGGUACUGGAGCCAGUUGUGUUCAAUAUCUGUAUCAGUGAUCUAGACGAGGGGAUCGAGGGUAUUCUUAGGUAACACCAGGCUAGGGUGGAGUAUUGAUCUGCUGGAGGACAGGAAGGCUCUGCAGAGGGAUCUGGACAGGCUGGAUUGCUGCUCCAAGGCCAGUUGGAUGAGGUUCAACAAGGUAAAGUGUCAGGUCCUGCACUUGGGUCACAGCAACCCCCUGUAGCUCCAGGCUUGGAAAAGAGCGGCUGGAAAAUGCCUGGUGGGAAAAGACCUGGGAGUGCUGGUUGAGAGCAGCUGAACAUGAGCCAGCAGUAUACAACUGCCUGAAAGAGAUUAGAGCAAUGGAGGAAUCAGUCUCUUCUCCCAAAUAACAAGCUUUGGGACAAGAGGAAAUAGCUGCAAGUUGCACCAAGGAAAGUUUAGAUUGGAUAUAGGAAGAAUCACCAAAAGGAUGGUCAAGCAUUGGAACAGGCUGUGCAGGGCAGUGCUGGAGUCACCAUCUCUGAAGGUAUUUAAAAGAUUUGUAGAUGAGGCACUUGGGGACCGGUUUAGUGCUGGAUUUGGCAGUGCUGGGUUGAUGGUUGGACUUGAUGAGCUCAGAAGUUUUUUUCAACCUGAACAAUUCUGUUCUGUUUAGAAGACUUUGUGAGGUCCCAUUUUUGUCUGUCAGCUCAAGAUCUGUGUCUGUAGGAGAAGCUUCCUUGCAAAAGAGUAAUUUGGGCUGCCCUCAAUGUGUAAAACAUUCAAGAUGACACAUGUUUGUAUUCCUGUAAGAAGUGAAGAAGUGAGUGACGGUUUCUGUUCCCAGUAUAUCUUUUAUUUUUUCAUAUCCACAAAAGAACAGACAGUCAUCCUUUUAAAGGAAAGCACUUUGUAAUGGCAAGUGUUCGCUGGACAUACAGUCUAAAUACUUCUGUCAACAAACUAGUCUAUUUGAUUGGGUAAGGGGGGGAAUUCCCUAUUUAUUUCCUUUACCUAUAAGUAUUUCAGCAUAUGUACUUAAAAAAAAACUCCACCACCACAACUUUCCAGAAGACAGCAGGUAUGAAAAAUAAGGAAAUCAAAUGGUAGCUUUUUCCUCUGAUCAGUGUAUGCCUCAGGAUACAGAAUAUUGUUGCCACUGCCUUGUUAAAGACAGACACUCUCCUAAGAGGCCUUACUUUUUAUUUUAUUAAAUAUUAUAUUCCUUUUUCUUUCCAUCAGCAAAUCUUUGGGUUUGAGAUUUUUCUUUUAAAACAAAUUCCUGGGAAGCAGACAAGAUUCAGUAGACAUAAUCUCUGCCAGUGGCUGAUUUCAGCAUGGACUAGAUUUGCCUAGUGGAGACUGUAUGACAUGCAGGGAACAUACCUCCAGUAUCCCUGUGGCUCUGUGCCUGGGACAGUCUCUGGUGCUGAUUCACACUCCCUAAUACUGAAAGAUGGGAGCUGUGUUUGUAUCCGCCCAGCCUGUAUAUUAAAUGUAGAAAAGACACAGGUACUUUUAAAAAACCCAACAUAAACCCACAAAAACCCAGUCCUGAGGGAGUCAAGUCUUGUACAUUAUUUUCAGGCUCACAGAGUAUAUUAAGAUUGACAUUAAGCGUAUUAGCAUUGCCCUUGCUGAAAGGAAAGAGACAAAUACUAUAAAAUCUCUGGAGCAACCUCGAGUUUUCUGACUGCUAUCCUCAGAUCAAGCAAUUAGUUAUACAUAUUUUUGAAGUAUUAGAAAUAGUCUGUUUCUAUUGCAAAAUGAAAACUAAAUGUUUCAGACACUUUUAUUCCAAGGUUUUAAAGGAUUGGUUAAUUGUCUUAAUUUUUAAAUUAAACAGUGAAAUACCCUGUCCAGGAACUUGACUAUGAUUCCCAUCCCUGCAAUGAAGACGUGAAAAUGAGCCAGUAGCUCACUGUGGUUUAAAUGUGUUUUGGGACAGAAGCAUGGUUGCAGUAAAGUCAGGGAAGUUUGAGAAGUACGGAAAAGUUUAUUUAUUUAAGAAAAAAAAAUAAACAUACCUAUGUGAAAUUCCAUACAGCUCCUGCAUGCACUCCUGGGAACCUGCAUGGGAUGGAUCUUACAGUGCUCUCAGGGUUGGAUCCCAAACUUGGGCUGGGGUUACAUUCUCACUUCUUGUGUCCUGUGCUUUUGUAAAUAUAUGUGUAUUUAUUCUUCAUCUUUGGUUAGUGGUUGGCCACUCCACUACACACAGAAGAACUCAAGGGUUUGUGCUGAGUUUCUUUGAGGCUAGUGGCUGCACUUUGAGUCAGUCCUUCCUGUGUCCUGCCACCAAAAAUUAAGCACAUUUCAGUCACCAUGAGAAGGGAAGUACCUGUCUCCUGUCCUUUAGUUGUAGGAAAUGUCACCAUACUCUAUUGUCCAUACAGCAGUUAUUUCCAGUAUAUAAUCCUUGGUGUGGCUACUGACUAUUCCUCACACUGAGCAUGUAAAUAUUUGUAUUUCUCAGUCCAGUCCUGAGCAAAUCAAGUGAACAAAGAGCCAGAGAGAGCCCUGUGACAUCUGCCAUUAAAGGCAGGAGCCAGUGUUUCUUUGCUUGACACCCAGGACAUGCAUUCUAGUGCCAGCUUUGCCUUGCUAAGUGCUACCAAGUCAGUGCUCCAUACACCUUCCUGGUGUUCCUGUUCCCUCUUGGAUCAUUCAUUCAUGUCCAGAUAGGCAGCAACUUAAUGAUGGCUUGAUGAAGACCUAUAAAUGUAAGUGUUCAUUUCCUUUUUUUCUCCCCCUCUCCUCUCCCCAUACCAGGUAAGUAUUUCCAAUUUUGUCCCAAAUUUUCAGGAAGCAGACAAAGGACAACCUAUCUUUCAAGAGAAACCAUCCAAGCUUUUUUUGAGUGUGAUUUGCACUUCAGGGAUCUUUAAAACUUCUCUUUGCUCACGUCUGUCCUUGAACUGGCAGGGUAAUUUUAUUUUUCUCACUGAAACUUGCAGAAUGUCACUCAUCCGUCUCUUUGGAUGCAGUUUAGAGCUGGUUGCCAUAAUCCUAGGUGUGCAUUGUGCCUGCAAACCAUCACUGGCUAGAGCCUACCAACAGUUGCAUGUACCUUUGGUUACAAGAGUUAUCUCAAAAGAAAAAAAGGUCUUAUAGUAAAGAGGAGGGAUGUCCAUAUGCUCUAUAUGGGUGCCCUUUGGGCUGCCAUGUGGGCACAAGCCUGCAAACCUUGUUCUUGCUGCUUAGCAAUUCCAUUAGGCAAGCACUUGAGUUCUGCGAGAAUCUGACCUUGACUGAGGAAGCUGGGAGCGAUAUCAUUAGUUAAAGUUGAUAAUACUGGAAACUGCUAAUUUAUUUAAUAGCCUGUGAUCACAGUGGCUUUGCCCUGCACAGUUUUCAAGCAGAUCAGACAUCAACUUCAGCACCUGUGUGUAAGGUACCUUCUGCUCUGUUUGGUGGCACAAAGUUCGCAGCUGCUGGAGGCUUGUGAGCAAUGCUUGCCUUGCCCAACUUAGGUAUGGAGCCAAAAGGAGCAUGGUUAGGCACCGUGGCCUGAGUUGGCAGCCAUGAAUGCAGGUCAGAAGAGCCGUCAGACACGUGUGCACACCUUUGAAUUACAACUCCUUGGUGUUACAUGUUUGUGGAUGCCAGCCACUAAAACAGCUCCUGACCAUGGCAUCCAGAGGUCUUUUCCAACAUAAAGUAUUCUACAGUUCUGUAACUCUAUCUGCUGGAUUCAGCUAGGUCCAUGUUAGCUACUUUAGUUUCAUCCAGUUUUCUCUUGGUCAGCUCUUGUGGCCUAAGGCUUUGGCUGCUUUAGCUCCUAGUGCUGAGCUGCUCAUGCCAAAUGAUACAACUCAGAGAGAAUAUAUUUCAUCCAAUUUCUUCUAGAACACUGAGAGGGUGAGUGUGUGAAAACACAAGUAUUGUUUAUAUGUAACCUCCUUUCUGCCCUUCAUGCCUCUCAGGUGUUUGAAACAUGAAAGAGCUUUUCUAAAGAGUGAAAUGAAGCAAUGUGUUACUUCUCCCAGGUCUUGCCCAUUCCAGUCUCUGCACUUGACUAGUUUUGUCCGUCUUUCUUUGUUUGUGCCCUUUGCUCCCCAUGUGCUCAGUGGCUCCUACCCAAGACUGUGUAACUGGCCCAAAUAAAGUGGUUGAGACCCUCAUUUCUCUGUCCUUUGAGCUGCCUGGUCACAGCAGACUUUUUAUACAGAAACUCGAUAUGGGGAGGGAAUCUCCACCUCCAUUCCUUGCAAAAUCUCCAGGAGCCCAGGGCCUGCCAUCUGAAGUCAGAUGCAUUGAGGGCUCCCAGAUGCCUCAGACUGGUGUGACACCACUGCAAAUGGGAGGGAAUAAUGGCAGGAAGUUGUUUUGAAAGGUCUGUUUGCUGUGUCACACUGUGUGGGUCCAGCACUGCCCCAGGCUUAGGGAUCAAAUUCAAGCACUAUUGCUGCUCCUUCUGGAGUCAGUGAGAAUUUGGUUGUUGCUUUCAAUGACAGCUGAACUGGUCACUGAAACAGCAGGUGCUGACAGUGCCCCAAGUCCCAGGGCUGGAUGGUUCCCUUGGCUGCCUGAGUGGGAGGGAGCUGCCACUUUUUCUCACUCUGCCUCACAAAAAACUGUGCUGGUCACAAGUGGGUCAGCACAGCAAACAGGCAGCCUGUCAGUCUAUUCCAUCCUUGGCUCUUGAGAUUUUUCACCUUUAAGCUUAGCUGUACAAAGGCAACUGAUUUUGGUCCAUCUGUGUAUCCCCAUGUUAAUGCUGAUAAAUCCAUCUGUAGCACAGCAAGGGGAUUUGCCUUAGCCCUUCAGUGCGAGGAGCUGCCUGGUUCUGCCUUUAGCAGGUCUGCCAGUGGGAAGGGAGCUGCUCCACAGGGGAAUAAGGAGCAAAGGACCAUAGCACCUCCUUCUUGGGCAGAGCCCAAAUUCUGUGGGGGAAUGUUAACAGAGUUAUUCUCAUGCGCUGGUGCAUCAGCAUUGCAGGUGCUGUGCCUGCAAACACAUGAUUUGAGAUCUGCAAAAGAAUUCUUCAACUCUUGACUAGAUCAGGAUAUCACCAGUGCUAAACUCCGGUUUAGUUAAAAGCAACCAGUUUACACCUAUGCUGGUGUGUGAUAGAUUUUUUCCUUCAGGGUAUCCAGACAAAAGUAAACAGAGGAGGAGCCUACAUUUUCAUUGUUUAUCAGAAAUGUAUCUCAUUUUGCUGUACAUUCCUUUUUUAGGACGUGUUUAUCUGUUUAAAAAAAAAAUAAAAAAAAAAUAAAAAACAGAAAAAAAUAUUAAAGAGAAAAACAAUAAACAAAUGUGUAGUGAAAAAUCUUCUGUAACUUUGGAUUAAGAGGUAACUGAUCUUUUUAAAAAGAGAACUAAGUUAUUUACUUUGUAAAUGUGCUGAUGGCAUGGAUCCAUCUUAUUGACCUCAGCAUCCUUUUUUUAAAGAUUUUUGGGUUUUGUUUCAAAUAUUAAGUUAUUUUGAAUUGUGGUUGAAGCAAUAGGAAAUUGAAAUAUGGAUUGUGCAUGACUGUGUCUUGAGUGUAAAAAUAUUGCAGUUUGAAACUUGGACCUAAAGUAUUGCAAAUAAAAGUUGUAAAUUCCAA